GGCUCGUGAGGGGACAGGGACCGGCGGCGGCACCGGGAGCGGCACCGGGAACAGGGAACGCGACCGGGAGCGGGAACCGCAGCCAUGAACAUCCGGAACGCGCGGCCCGAGGACCUGAUGAACAUGCAGCACUGCAACCUGCUCUGCCUGCCCGAGAACUACCAGAUGAAAUAUUAUUUCUACCACGGCCUCUCCUGGCCUCAGCUCUCGUACAUUGCCGAGGAUGAGAACGGGAAGAUCGUCGGUUACGUCCUGGCCAAGAUGGAGGAAGACCCCGAUGAUGUCCCCCAUGGGCACAUCACCUCCCUGGCGGUGAAGCGCUCCCACCGGCGCCUGGGGCUGGCGCAGAAGCUGAUGGACCAGGCCAGCCGGGCCAUGAUCGAGAACUUCAACGCCAAAUACGUGAGCCUGCACGUGCGCAAGAGUAACCGGGCAGCGCUGCACCUCUACUCCAACACCCUCAACUUCCAGAUCAGCGAGGUGGAGCCCAAGUACUACGCGGACGGGGAGGACGCCUACGCCAUGAAACGGGACCUGAGCCAGAUGGCAGAGGAGCUGAGGAAGCAGCUGGAGCAGAAGGAGCGGGGUCGGCCCCCAGCCCCCAGCGAGCCCCCCCGAGGUGGGGAUGGGGUCUGCGGCUCUGGGGGGACCCCCACGAACCCCCCGACCCCGGGGGGAGCCCCCCAACAGCAGCAGGAGGACGGGGGGGGGGACAGCAAAGACCUGAGCGAGGUCAGCGAGACCACGGAGAGCACGGACGUGAAGGACAGCUCGGAGGCCUCGGAUUCCGCCUCAUAGAGACCCCCCAAAAAUCAAUGGGGAACCCCAAAAAAACAUCCCUGGGACCCCCGGGAGCCCCUGCAAAAAAAUCUUUGGGGUUUUGGCCAAAAAAUCCCCGGGAGUCCCCUCAAAAAUCGCUGGGAUCCCCAGGAGGCAGCGCAAAAAAUCUCCCGGAUCUCCCGCAAAAAUCCCUGGGAUCCCUCCCUAAAAAUCCCCGGGAGCCCCCCCAAAAAUCUCUGGGAUCCCCAGGAGCCCCCCCAAAAAUACUCUGAGGUCUCCAGGAGCCUGCCCAAAAAUCCCCAGGAGCCCCCCCCCCAAAAAUAUCUGGGACCCCCAGGGCCCACCCCAAAAAUCCCUGGGAUCCCCCCCCAAAAAAUAUCUGGGAUUUUCCCCAAAAAAUCCCUGGGACCCCUUCCCAAAAAUCCCUGGGAGGUCCCCCAAAAAAUCUCUGGGAUCCCCAGGAGCCCCCCCUAAAAAUCUCCAGGAAUCUCCCCAAAAAAAUCUCUGGGAGCCUCCCCAAAAAUACUCUGGGGUCUCCAGGAGCCCCCCCAAAAAUCCCUGGGAUCCCCCCCCAAAAAAUCUCCCGGACCUCCUGCAAAAAUCCCUGGGACCCUUCCCCAAAAAUCCCCAGGAGCUCCCCCAAAAAAUCCCUGGAGCCCCUAAAAAAUCUCUGGGAUCCCCAGGAGCCCACCCCAAAAAUCCCUGGGAUCCCCCCCAAAAAAUCUCUGUGACUUUCCCCAAAAAAUCUGCAGGAGCCCCCCCAAAAAUCCCUGGGAUCCCCCCAAAAAAUCUCUGGGGCCUACCCCAAAAAAUCUGCAGGAGCCCCCCCAAAAAUCUCCAGGAACCUCCCCAAAAAAUCUCUGGGAGCCCCCCCAAAAAUCCCCGGGAGCCUCCCAAAAAAAUCUCUGGGAGCCCCCCCAAAAAAAUCAUUGGGACCCCUGGGAACUCCCACAAAAUCCCUGGGAGCCCCCCAAAAAAUCCCCAGGAGCCCCCCCAAAAUUUCUGGGACCCCCAGGAGCUCCCCACAAAAACCCCUGGGAGGCUCCACAAAAAAAUCUCUGGGACCCCAGGGAGCCCCCCCCAAAAAAUCCCCAGAAGCCCCCCCAAAAAAACCCCUGGGACCCUUGGGACCCCCCCAAAAAUCCCUGGGACUUCCAGGAGUCCCCCCAAAAAAUCUCUGGGAGCCCCUGCAAAAAAUCCCUGGGACCGUCCCCCAAAAAAUCCCUCGGAGCCCCCCAAAAAAUCUCUGGGACCCCCGGGAGGCCCCCCAGAACUCCUGGGACCCUCCGGAGCCCCCCCAAAAUCUCAGGGACCCCCGGGAGCCCCCCAGGACCCCUCGGUGCUGGCGGGGGGCAUUAAAGCCCCUCUGUCUCCA